AUGGCAUUUAUGAUAAAGAAACUUAAGCAGUUGGAAAUCCUCGAAAGCGAUGACCUCAAUUAUGUUACAUCGAAACUGGUUUGUGAAAUAUCAUCUAAGACUUGCAUGUUUGGUUUGUGUCAAUCUUGUAAAGACAAUAUCAUUACUGCUAAUGAAAUAGAUUACAAUGUAAAUGAUAAAAUUGUAUGGCCAAUGUGUAUGCCAAAGAAAUAUGAGUACGGCGAAGAAGGAAACAAAAGGACGACAAACAAAAUGGUAAAGGCGGAAAGAGAAGGAUCUAUAAGACUUGAUCAAUUUAACUAA